UGGACAUCCAUUACGAAUAAACAUCAUCUGGAAAUUUUUCAUGUGCAUUAUGUGACGAGGGAGGAGAUUCUAUGGAAUACAGAAGACAAUCAAAAAUGCAGAAUACAUAUGUACAGUUUUGUAUGUUGAUGUCAAGUCCAAAAUGUAGAAAAAGAAAUGGCUAGCGCUACAACUUUAAUCCAGGCACAGGAGCUAAUCACUUGUGACCUUUGUGUCAAGGCCGUUCAACAAUUCUGUAACAGUUGUCAAGUCAGUCUUUGUGAAGACUGCAUUAACAAACACGUAAAAAAUCUGAAGUCCCUGAAACAUGAUAUCGCUCCUUUCACAAAGCGCACAGUACAGCCGGUGUUCCCUCAGUGUACAUCUCAUUUUCACCAGAGAUGCGAGGGUCACUGUCAGCAGUGUGAUGUCCCGGUCUGCAUGAAAUGUGUCAUGGGUCCUAAUCACAAAGGUCACGAUAUCGUGGACAUGGCAGACAGUAUUGUCCAAAAGAAAGAAACCAUUAAAAGAGAAACGAAAGAAAUUGAAGACAUUAUUCUUCAGAGCAAGGCAUAUGAUGAAGUUGCUGAAAAGAAAAUCAACAAAUCUGUAUCCUGUACUUCUGAUUUAGACCAACAAGCUAAGAAUGAAAGAAAGCAAUGGCACCUGCAAGUAGACCACAUCUUUGACGCUCUAGAAUCUCUGAUCCAGUCAAACCGGGAUGAGGACAUUGCCACUCUAAACUCAUACCAGUCUAAGCUUAGAGGUCAGAGUUUUCGUAUGAUCCAGACUGUUCAAGAAAACAAAGAUAUCCUGAAGUCUAACGAAGUGUCCAAAGUUAAUUUCUACAAAUCCAAACUAAAUGAAUUCAGAACCAUCCCAGAUGUUCCCGAUUUAACUUCGCCUUCUCUCAAAACAAAUGCAGUGCAAGGGAGAGAACUCGGUCUAGAUUUAGGAGAAUACAAGGCUACACUUCAAUGGACAAAAACAAAAAAAAUGAAAGAUUUAACGAUUAGGGGAUUAUUAGAGGAGAGCAAAGUGAUUGCAAGCAUUCCAACAAAUGUGAAAAAUUUACGUAGAUUAGUCUGUGUCGGGUCAGACAGAGCAUGGAUCAACGGAACAGACAAUAUGAUAAUUUGUGUCGACAUGCAUGGUACUGUACAAGACACUGUGAUAAAUCCAUUUAGUAAGCUUCCGAAUGAUAUUACAGUGAACAGACAGGGGGAUCUGAUUUACAGUGAUGGUGCCAGUAGAACAGUGAAUAUUGUCAGACACGGAAAGACAGAGACACUGAUCACCACACCAAGGGGCUGGCAUCCAAUGGGACUAUGUUGUACCAGAUCAGGAGACAUUCUGGUCAGCAUGGUGACCACUAAUUAUGGCCAUCACAAAAUUGUUCGUUAUCAGGAAGAUAGAGUGAUACAGGAAAUAGAUAAAGAUGAGCAUGGCUAUCCAAUCUAUCAAGGUGACUAUUUAGUGAAUGUGAAAGAGAAUGACAAUGGCGACAUAGUGACUUCUGAUCAAAAUUCAGACACAGUGGUAGCAGUGGGAAAGACAGGCAAAGUCCGAUUCCGAUACAACGACAGACCACCUGGAAGAAAGAGACCAUUCAGUCCAAGACAGAUAGUGACAGAUUCAAUGGGUCACAUCAUUGUGGCAGAUCCCAACAACCAAUGUUUACACAUUCUUGAUCAGAAUGGACGAUUCCUGAGAUGUGUGAACAACCCUGAACUGAAGGGUCAGCCUAACGGGUUGAGUGUGGACACUCGAGGAAGGUUGUGGGUAGGGUCAUGGGCUUCAGGUGAAAUGACUGUAAUCAAGUACAUGAAAUAAACAUCACAUUAUAGAAGUAACUGUGUUUUAAAACAUUAGAAACGUGUGAUCUGUAAUGCAUAUUUUCAAUAUCAUCCCAAAUGAAAGCUUGACACUUCAAACUGAGUGAACGGCUCAGUCUCCCGAGUGAGCUGUCAUAAUUCCACUGGGUUUGCUGUGUGUGUCAACUGCAAAUUUUGCAUAAACUUUGAAGUUUAAUCUGGCUUCAUCCCAGGUCAGCUUCACAACCAAAUGUUCCUAACAUUAAAUUCAAUUUAUGUCAAAGUAACAUUACUCCUUUAAUUAAUUCGAUGUUAAUGUAGGUCCCAUGAUCACUGAUAAGUCGGACAAUAUUGUGAUUGAAUUAGGUUCAGAAUGUUUUUUGUUGUUGUAGUUACAGUAUAUAUCUUCUCUAAUGAUUGAUUUUUUCUAUAUAUACAUAUCUCUUUAUAUGCAUUUAUCAAUAAAAAUUAAGAUACAGUGUCAAAUUAAAGUACACUAGAUAUUCCUGUAUAAUUUUUUUUGUCUUAACAUGCAAUUGUAUGAUUACAUUCUCAAUACUACAAUGCUUUAUGUCAAGUUUUGUUGAUAUUGGCCUUGUGGUUCUGGGGAAGAAGUAAACAAGAAGCCCAUAUGCCUUCUUGGUCACCUAUAAGUAUUAGU